AUGCGAAACUUAGUUAAAUCGCCCGUCUCCCCUUUUUUUUGGGUGCUUUUCCUUAAUGUGAUUCGUCUUUGUUGUUUCAUUCCCAAAAGGGAAACCACCAAACUGGUGACAAGCUCAAAUUUCCGCCUUUUUGAAGACACUAAAAAGAAGGAAGAUCUCGAAUAUAAGCCUUUCAAAAAUAUCAGCUUUAACAAGCUUAAGAGCAAUUUGAAAAACUUUCUUGUAGUCAACAAAAAGUUUAGCAUAUCGGAUGUUAAGCAGGUUUCCUUUUUAGGAAAGUUUUACAAUUACGAGAAAAUUGAGAAUUACGGUGUAAAUGAAAUAUGCAUACUUGGGCGGAGCAACGUAGGGAAGUCAACCUUUUUGAGGAACUUCAUAAAAUAUCUUAUCAACGUGAAUGAGCAUGCAAAUGUGAAGGUUUCCAAGAACAGCGGGUGUACAAGGUCGAUAAAUUUAUAUUCUUUUGAAAAUGGCAAGAAAAAAAAGUUGUUCAUUUUGACAGACAUGCCUGGAUUUGGCUAUGCUGCAGGAAUAGGCAAAAAGAAGAUGGAGUUCUUGAGAAAGAACUUAGAGGACUACAUAUUUCUGCGAAAUCAAAUAUGCCUGUUUUUUGUUCUUAUCGACAUGAGCGUGGACAUACAGAAGAUUGACGUAUCCAUAGUGGACGCGAUAAAAAAAACGAACAUACCUUUCAGAGUCAUCUGCACAAAGAGUGACAAGUUCAGCACAAAAGCUGAUGAACGUCUUGAAGCAAUCAAAAAUUUUUAUCAGCUUGAAAAAAUCCCCAUACAUAUUUCGAAAUUUUCGACGCACAAUUACAUAAACAUUUUCAAGGAAAUUCAACAUCACUGCAAUUUGGACAUCCCGUGA